AUGAGGGACGUGACGAGAAAUUCCCUCCGCCCCGCCUCUCGCAUGAGAUUCCUCCUCCGGGCCCGAGGUCAGGCUCGACUGACUCUCGUCUUUGAUUCGAGGCAGAUGCCUCGUUGCCGCAAGCAAACGACCACGGCCUCAAACCGUCGAUCGGAAAGACGACAUUCCACCAUUGGCCUGACGCCAUGGAGACUCGUGGUAACGGUGGACGCGAUCUCAAGUGUUUGCUGGUAG